UAAAAUUCCUUGAAGUGAUCAAGCCCUUCUGUGUAAUUUUGCCUGAGAUCCAAAAGCCAGAACGGAAGAUUCAGUUUAAGGAAAAGGUACUAUGGACAGCUAUCACACUCUUCAUCUUCUUAGUAUGCUGCCAGAUUCCCUUGUUUGGCAUCAUGUCAUCAGACUCAGCAGACCCUUUCUACUGGAUGAGAGUGAUUUUGGCAUCAAAUAGAGGUACAUUGAUGGAGUUGGGUAUUUCACCUAUUGUCACUUCUGGGCUCAUCAUGCAGCUCUUGGCAGGUGCUAAGAUAAUUGAGGUUGGUGACACCCCAAAGGACAGAGCUCUCUUCAAUGGAGCCCAGAAAUUGUUUGGAAUGAUCAUUACCAUUGGACAGUCUAUUGUGUAUGUAAUGACUGGAAUGUAUGGAGACCCAUCUGAGAUGGGUGCUGGGAUCUGCUUGCUUAUCACAAUCCAGCUUUUUGUUGCUGGAUUGAUAGUUCUGCUCUUGGAUGAGCUCCUCCAGAAAGGAUAUGGUCUUGGUUCUGGCAUCUCUCUCUUCAUUGCUACUAAUAUCUGUGAGACUAUUGUGUGGAAAGCAUUCAGCCCCACCACAGUGAACACAGGCAGAGGCAUGGAAUUUGAGGGAGCCAUUAUUGCUCUGUUCCACCUUCUGGCUACUCGUACAGACAAAGUCAGAGCUCUUCGUGAGGCCUUUUAUCGUCAGAAUCUCCCCAACCUUAUGAACCUGAUUGCCACCAUCUUCGUCUUUGCAAUUGUAAUUUAUUUCCAGGGCUUCAGAGUGGAUCUUCCUAUCAAAUCUGCUCGUUACCGUGGCCAGUACAACACCUACCCCAUCAAGCUGUUCUAUACUUCCAACAUUCCCAUUAUCCUUCAGUCUGCCCUGGUGUCAAACUUGUAUGUCAUCUCCCAGAUGCUUUCUGCUCGCUUCAGUGGCAACUUGCUGGUCAGCCUGCUGGGCACUUGGUCUGAUGCAUCCUCUGGAGGCCCUGCUCGUGCUUAUCCUGUUGGUGGACUCUGUUAUUACCUGUCACCUCCAGAGUCCUUUUCUUCAGUGUUGGAAGACCCUGUACAUGCAGUUGUUUAUAUUGUAUUUAUGCUGGGCUCCUGUGCUUUCUUCUCUAAGACUUGGAUUGAAGUCUCUGGCUCCUCUGCCAAAGAUGUUGCCAAGCAGUUGAAAGAACAACAAAUGGUAAUGCGAGGCCACAGAGAAACUUCAAUGGUACAUGAACUCAACAGGUACAUCCCUACAGCUGCUGCAUUUGGAGGGCUCUGUAUCGGUGCCCUCUCCGUGUUGGCAGACUUCCUUGGGGCCAUUGGGUCUGGAACUGGAAUUUUGCUUGCUGUCACUAUCAUUUAUCAGUACUUUGAAAUUUUUGUAAAGGAACAGAGUGAAGUUGGCAGUAUGGGAGCUCUUCUUUUCUAAACCUAGCUCCUCGUGGACCCAGGAAAGAGAGGAGGGACGUGCUCAAAGUGUAGCCAGUCAAGUGAAAAGAAGUAUCAUAAACUUGAUAAUGUCAUUCUAUAGAAACACAUAUUUUAAUAAUGUUUCCAAAGCACAUUCCCUUAUGUUCAGACUUUUCUAGCAUACUGUUUGCAUUUUAUAAAUUGAUGAGGAAAAUGUGCAAAAAAAUUUUUUUUAAGAAAACUGUUUUUUAAUUAUGUGUUAGGAGGGUCACCUUUCUGACUUGGGUUUAGUUCAACAACUCUGGAAAUGUUUUUGAGCCCCU